GCAGACACACACACACACACAGUGACGCUGUGGCUGGAGGCUGAUGUGCUGAUCCAGGGAGAGGCUGAGACCCUGCACACACACACACACGCACACACAGAGUGAGAAAAACAAGGCAGACGAGGACGACAGGCUCAAUGGAAUAACAUCCAAGGCCAGAAGGCUCCCCGGGACUUUCACCAUUACGGAGAUUGGGUGAAUCUCGGCCUGUGUUUCUCCUCCAGCUGUAGCUCUUCUCAUCUCUCAUCAUGGCCGGAGCCUCGGUGAAAGUGGCCGUCAGGGUUCGACCCUUCAACUCCAGAGAGAUCAACAAAGAGAGCAAGUGUAUUAUUCAGAUGUCGGGGAACACCACCACGAUCAUCAACCCUAAACAGCCGAAGGAGAACAAGAGCUUCAAUUUUGACUAUUCUUACUGGUCUCACACAUCGCCCGAGGAUGUGAACUAUGCCUGCCAGAAACAAGUCUACAUGGACAUUGGAGAGGAAAUGCUGCUUCACGCAUUCGAAGGCUACAACGUCUGCAUCUUCGCAUAUGGCCAAACCGGUGCGGGGAAAUCCUACACCAUGAUGGGCAAACAGGAGAAAGACCAACAGGGCAUAAUACCUCUGCUGUGUGAAGACCUGUUCACCAAGAUCAACGACAACGGAGACAACAACAUGUCCUACUCUGUGGAGGUCAGUUAUAUGGAGAUCUACUGUGAGCGAGUGAGAGAUCUGCUAAACCCCAAGAAUAAAGGAAACCUACGUGUGAGAGAGCAUCCACUCAUGGGGCCGUAUGUGGAAGAUCUGUCCAAAAUGGCCGUCACGUCCUACAAUGACAUCCAGGACCUGAUGGACUCGGGCAACAAAGCCAGAACUGUAGCAGCUACCAACAUGAACGAGACGAGCAGUCGCUCUCAUGCCGUCUUUAACAUCAUCUUCACACAGAAGCGCCACGACAGUGACACGGACAACACCUCCGAAAAGGUCAGCAAAAUCAGCCUGGUGGACUUGGCAGGCAGCGAGAGAGCCGACUCAACCGGAGCCAAAGGCACCAGACUGAAGGAAGGAGCAAACAUUAAUAAAUCCCUGACCACGCUUGGAAAAGUGAUUUCUGCUUUAGCUGAAGUGGAUUCGUUACCGAACAAGAACAAGAAGAAGAAGAAGGUGGAAAGCUUUAUCCCCUACAGAGACUCUGUACUCACCUGGCUGCUCAGGGAGAACCUUGGGGGAAACUCACGGACUGCCAUGGUAGCGGCUCUGAGUCCUGCAGAUAUUAACUAUGACGAGACUCUCAGCACUCUCAGAUAUGCUGACCGUGCGAAACAGAUCCGUUGUAAUGCUGUCAUUAACGAAGACCCCAACAACCGCUUGGUGCGUGAGCUGAAGGAAGAAGUGGCUCGUCUGAAGGACUUGCUGUACGCCCAAGGCCUAGGUGAUAUCAUCGAGAUGACCAAUGCGAUGACAGGGAUGAGUCCUUCUCCCUCUCUUUCGGCUCUCUCCAGCCGAGCCGGAUCCAUCAGCAACUUACACGACCGGAUCAUUUUCACCCCCGGCAGUGAGGAAGCCAUUGAGAGGCUCAAGGAAACAGAGAAGAUCAUUGCAGAGCUCAAUGAGACAUGGGAGGAGAAACUAAGGCGCACCGAGGCCAUCAGGAUGGAGAGGGAGGCUCUUCUGGCUGAAAUGGGCGUGGCCAUGAGGGAAGAUGGAGGCACCGUCGGAGUGUUUUCACCAAAAAAGACACCUCAUCUGGUCAAUCUGAACGAAGACCCACUGAUGUCUGAGUGUUUACUGUACUACAUCAAAGACGGGAUCACCAAGGUGGGCCGUGAGGAUGCUAGCUGUAGGCAAGACAUUGUCCUGAGUGGACACUUUAUUAAAGAAGAGCACUGCAGCUUUACAAGCAGCACUGGACCUUCAGGAGAGGGAGUGGUGGUACUGGAGCCAUGUGAGGACGCAGAGAUAUAUGUCAAUGGCAAGAGAGUGACUGAGCCCACAGUUCUUAGAUCAGGGAACCGUAUCAUCAUGGGAAAGAGCCACGUUUUUAGAUUUAACGACCCAGAGCAAGCGAGGCAGGAACGGGAGAGGACACCAUGCGCCGAGACACCCAUGGAGCCUGUGGACUGGGCCUUUGCUCAGCGAGAGCUUCUGGAAAAACAGGGCAUAGACAUGAAACAGGAGAUGGAGCAAAGACUACAGGAGCUGGAGGAUCAGUACCGCAGGGAGCGAGAGGAGGCGAGCAACCUUCUGGAGCAGCAGAGACUAGACUAUGAGAGUAAGCUGGAGGCUCUUCAGAGGCAGGUGGACUCACGGUAUUACCCAGAAACCACAGAAGAGGAAGAGGAACUGGAAGAGGAAGUGCCAUGGACUCAGCGGGACACUGAGCUGGCACUCUGGGCCUUCCGGAAAUGGCGCUUUUACCAGUUUACCUCACUGCGGGACUUACUGUGGGGAAAUGCCAUUUUUCUCAAGGAGGCCAAUGCCAUCAGUGUGGAGCUCAAGAAGAAGGUUCAGUUCCAGUUUGUUUUACUGACAGACACACUUUACUCUCCGCUCCCUCCUGACCUCCUGCCUCCCAGUGUGGCUAAAGACCGUGAGAAGAGACCUUUCCCUCGCACUAUUGUAGCUGUGGAGGUGCAGGACCAGAAGAAUGGAGCCACUCAUUACUGGACCUUAGAAAAAUUAAGACAGAGGCUUGACCUGAUGAGGGAGAUGUACGAUCGAGCAGCUGAUAUUCCCAGCAGCACCGUGGAGGACUGCGACCAUGCCCUGACUGGCGGUGACCCCUUUUAUGACCGCUUCCCCUGGUUCCGCCUUGUUGGGAGGGCGUUUGUGUACCUGAGUAACCUGCUGUACCCUGUCCCUCUGGUGCACCGCGUGGCCAUCGUGAGCGAGAAAGGCGAGGUGAAGGGCUUCCUCCGGGUCGCAGUGCAGGCCGUCUCAGCUGAUGAAGAAGCUCCGGAUUACGGCUCAGGCGUCAGACAGUCAGGAACGGCUAAGAUCUCGUUCGAGGAUCAGCAGUUCGAGAAGUUUCAGACGGAUUCCUGUUCAGGGGGAAUGUCACACUCCAACACGUCUCAGGAAGAACUGCGCAUCGUAGAGGGAGAAGGACAAAACGCUGAGACGCUGAGUCUCUCAGCCGACGAGGUCAACAACAACACCUGCACCAUCUCACCUGAUGUUCCUGGCAGUCCUCAGAAGGAAGGUGUGGAGGUCGGAGGUGACGCCAUACAGGAACAAACACUUUCACACCUGAAGAUUGGAAGCAGCUUCACCUUCAGAGUCACCGUCCUGCAGGCGUCCAGCAUCUCCGCCGAGUACGCCGACAUCUUCUGCCAGUUCAACUUCAUCCACCGGCAUGACGAGGCGUUCUCCACAGAGCCGCUGAAGAACACGGGCCGCGGACCGCCGCUGGGCUUCUACCAUGUCCAGAACAUCACGGUGGACGUCACCAAGUCGUUCGUGGAGUACAUAAAGACUCAGCCCAUAGUGUUCGAGGUGUUCGGACAUUAUCAGAAACAGCCAUUCCCUCCUCUGUGUAAAGACCUCAUAAGUCCUCUGCGUCCAUCAAGACGUCAGUUCCCACGUGUCAUGCCUUUAUCCAAACCAGUCCCAGCGACUAAGCUCAGUGCGAUGGCUCGCUCCUCAGCCGGUCCGUGUCACUGUAAAUACGACCUGAUGGUUUUCUUUGAGAUCUGUGAGCUGGAGGCGAACGGCGAUUACAUCCCGGCUGUAGUCGAUCACAGAGUGGGAAUGCCCUGCCACGGAACCUUCCUGCUGCACCAGGGCAUCCAGAGGAGAAUCCGAGUGACUAUAGCUUACGAGACAGGAAAUGACAUCGAAUGGAAGGAAGUGAAAGAGCUCGUUAUCGGUCGAAUCCGUAACACACCUGAAGCUGACGAGACCAUCAUUGACCCCAACAUACUGUCCCUCAACAUCCUCUCCUCCAGCUACAUUAAACCUUCUUAUGAUGACAGCGUUUCCUUGGGAAUUGAUCAUAGGACGUUUUAUCGCUUCGAGGCGGCGUGGGACAGCUCCAUGCACAACUCCCUGCUCCUGAACCGGGUCACUCCGUACGGAGAGAAAAUCUACAUCACGCUUUCAGCGUACCUGGCGAUGGAGCACUGCACCCAGCCUACAGUCAUCACCAAAGACUUCUGCAUGGUUUUCUACUCCAGAGAUGCGAAACUUCCUGCCUCGCGCUCCAUCAGGAACCUGUUCAGCACCGGAGCCUUCAGGCCUUUAGAGAGCAAUCGUGUGACCGGCGUGUAUGAACUCAGUCUGUGCCAUCUGGCAGAUGUUGGAAGUCCAGGAAUGCAGAGGAGGCGUCGGCGUGUGUUGGACACAUCGGUGGCGUAUGUUCGUGGUGAGGAGAACCUCGCUGGCUGGAGGCCUCGCAGUGACAGUCUCAUUCUGGACCAUCAGUGGGAGCUGGAGAAGCUCAGUCUCCUGCAGGAGGUGGAGAAGACCAGGCACUACCUGCUGUUGAGAGAGAAACUUGAAGCGUCUGUUCUGCUGAGUCCGGAGUCUUUGUGCAGUAAAGACCUGAUGGAGUCGCCUAAAUCCUUGAGUCCCAAUCUGGCAGGCAGCCCCAUACUGGAUUCAACCAAUGAGAGACAGAGGGAGCUGGCUGCCAAGUGUCUGCGACUGCUCAUGCACACCUUUGACAGGCAGUACAGCCAGGUGAGCAGCAGUGCCAGUGAGAGCAAGCUAUCGGAGAUGUCUGCGUCUCUGCUAAGAGACACUUCCUCCUCCGCUCUGAGUUCUCUCACUCCCUCCACUACCUGUCCUUCUCUGGUGGACGGUCACUAUGGAAACCUCGACCUCAGUGUUGCAGAGACUCACUCUGGAGCAUCCAGUCCAGAUUUGGACCCGUUCAGUCCUGAGGAGAGGAAACCUCGAACCUGCACAUUUGUCCCCAACAUCCAGGAAAUCCGAGUCAGCCCCAUCGUGUCUAAGAAAGGAUACCUGAACUUCCUGGAGCCUCACACCAGCGGCUGGGUGAAGCGUUACCUGGUGGUGCGGCGUCCGUACGUCUAUCUGUACCGCAGUGAGAGAGACAGCGUGGAGAGAGCUGUCAUUAACCUGUCGUCCGCCCAGGUGGAGUACAGUGAGGAGCAGCACGGCCUCCUGAGGACCCCCAAUGCGUUUGCGGUGGUCACUGAGCAUCGUGGAAUCCUCCUGCAGGCCGGCAAUGAGAAAGAAAUGCAUGACUGGCUUUACGCCUUCAACCCACUGCUGGCUGGAACCAUCAGGUCAAAACUCUCCAGGACGAAAUCCACACAGAUGAGGAUGUGAACGCAGCAGUGCUGGUCCUCCGUCUGAGAUUAAACACAGAAACUCAACACACUCCUGUGGUGUAAAUACUGGUGUGAAGAUAAUACUAGCCUGUGCCUGCCUGCCUCCCUCUCUACUGCCCCCUGCCUGUGUGUGCGUAAGAAAGAUAGUGUGAGAGAGUGUGUGUGAGUGAAUGUGUGUGUCAUUAGCAAAAGUCCUAAGUACUGUAACUCGCCGUAAGCUUGUUAGUGAUAAUUAUGAUAAAAAAAUCAGCACCAUACAAAACGCCUCCAUUUUAAAAUGUAAAGACUUUAGCCGCUGUAAAUGCGACACAAUGCUGCAUAUGUGUGUGUGUGUGUGUGUGUGUGUGUGUGUGUGUGUGUGUGUACGAGUGCGCUCUUCUUUAGAUUAGACAUGACGUGCUGUCGCUCCUUGUGCUUUUCCUGAGACCAUAAAGAAGUGAGUUCUUGUGAUCAGUGAGGGAGUUGUUUAUUUGGUUACAGAAAUAAUUGAACCCAACAACCCGAAAAAUAUGAAAAAAUGUAUAAAAGUAUUUUAGGCCCUGGGUUUGUGACUCAUCUUUUCUCAUUCCCUUAUUAAAUACAUUUAAAAAGCACUCUGUUUUUAUUGGAUUUGUAACUCGGACACAAACCAUGUCUCAUCACGGCGUAAAAUAAAUAUGAAUAUAAUAAAUAGAAUAAAUAUAUGAAUAUCAAGAGGAAGUUAGGGCGUGGCUCUGAUAUCUAAAUUCAUAAAUUCCAGGGAUUUCAUGAAUUCAGGUUUUCUUUAAUUGUGUCACCUUCGAGACAACGCGCAGAAGGUUUCGGGUUGUUUCAAGUUUUUGUCCCCGUUUAACAUUAAAUGUUUAAUCAACUUAUAUUGUGUGGGAUAUUACGUGCAUGCGGUAAAGUUGUAUGAUCCGUGAAAUUAUACAAAAUCUGAAAAUCGCUCGUCUUUUCACAAUUACGAAAGUAAACACACACAAAUCAGCUGUUAAUGAUGGAGUUUGUAAAAAACCUCUACGUGUCCGUUUAACCCUGCAUGAAUACAGCUUUCUGUUACUGUUAAUGAACAGAGCGUGCUUGUGGAAAUUGAGCCUGAAUUCAAUAUUUAAUAUUUAUAUAUAUUAAGGUUUGUUAACCGCUUAUUUUUUUUAAUCCUCAUUUAAAUUGCGGAAAAUUCCGAGUGCCAAAACAUUUGACAAUUAUUUAAGAAGGGAAAGAGAAAAAUGCAAAACGAUAUAAUACAAUACAUAAAAUAUAUACAAUAUCUUGACUAUCAGAGUUAUAAAAGGUCUAACAUUUGAUUCAAUUUAUUAAUAAGUCGAUUUUAGUAACAUUCUCCCCUCACGUUACGUUGAGUGUCGAUUUAUUUACAAAGCCUCAUAUGUUUUGAAACUUUCUUUAUCGACAUAUUCGUCUUUCACUUCACAUUGAAGAUGAGUUCGGAUCCUUUAUUUCAGCUCGAUGUCUUGUUCUGAAUCUUUCUGUCUUACCGACGUUCUAGUUUUCAUGUUUAAUCGCUAAAAUCAGCGAUCGUCAGCGCCUGAGUCUGACUGCAGGGGUGAGAUGUGGAGAUCAGAUUAGAAAUAGAUUUAUUAUAUUACACCUCAUAUUAUCUACGAUAUCAUAACUGAUAGAUCUCAAAAAAUUCCCCUGAUGAAAAAAAUCACUUCUAAUAUGUUUUAACGUAUUUCUGAUGGUGUGUAAUGGCAGUUAAAUGGAAUGUCACAUUUCUAAUAGUUCUUUUUAUUACUUUUAUUAUAUAUUCUGAUGCUGACCUCAGUGAACAGUGAGAGAAUUUUUUGUUGGUGAUAUUUGAACAGAAAACUGCAAACAGAAGUCUUUAGGAAGCUGAUGGAAGCUGAUACUGAUUACGAUUAUGUACUGGAAACCAGUAGAGAUUUUCCAAAAGGACUGUAAGCAAGUUUUCAGCUGGGUUUUAUGUGGAAGUGGAUGAAUUUGAACCCUUUCUAGAGUUUAACCCUUAAAUAUGUAAUUAUUAAGUAGUUACGGGUCAGAGACGCCGUAGUGCUGGAAGCGAUUUGAGUUGAGGAUGUUGACUGAAGUAAAACCUGCUUGUGUAGUGUGGUGUGUGUGUAGUGUGUUGUGAGGUGUGUGUGGUGUGGUUAGGUGUGUGUGGUGUGUGUUGUUGGUGGGAAUAUGAUCAGCCAAUCAUUGUCCACCUCAUUAUUUUUGUUUCUGUGUGUAAUAUCAGAGCCUGAAGCAUCAUUCACCAUGUUGAUCUAAAUAAUAUUAGUUUUAUUAGUAAUUUAGUAAAAUAAAAAGUUGAUCUCAUUAUCACCCACAAAACCAGCACAGAACUCUCUCUGUGUGUGUGAAGUUUCCUCACCCUCUCAUAGCCUGCUAGUUACCUCAGUAAACUGACUAGUCUGGAACUAGCAACAUAGCCACCAAUCUAAACCCUCAUUUCCUUACCAAACAGGAGGUCAUGUGACCAGUUAGUCAUUGUUUCUUUUCAUUUAAUAUCCAUAAGUUGUUCAGUGCUAAGAAUUAGCAAGAAAUGUAGUGGAACUCUGAUGGUGAGAGAGCAGAGAAGGUUAGCCAGAUAAUUUCUCUUCAGAUGAGAGCUAGCUGAUUAGCAUAGACUACAUAGUCACUCUUGAUUAGCAAAUCCAGAAAGAACUGACUGGAAAAGAAGCUGCACCUGUCAAAGUGCCAGCUAACAACUAGCUAAUACUUGUUUGUUUUGAUGAGAUUUUAUUUAAUUUUUAAAUUAUAUGACUGUUCAUGUUGUAUUACAAACUCAUUCUUAGAAGUAACUUAAAUACUUAAUCAAAUAAUACCUUUAAUUAUGUAAAUUCAGACAGGUGAUUGAUGUCUUCAGAUGGCUUUGAAAUCAACCCACAGAGCACAAGGAAUGAAAAAUAGUUUCAAAAAUAAAUAAAAACAAAACAAAAAACCACACACACACGCACACAAAGCACACACACACACACACACACACACACACACACACACACACACACACACACACACACACACAGGUUUUAAAGCAAUUGAAACGUUUGUGAGGCUUCUGCCAGGACUCUAGGAUGAGUUUUUUUUGCUGUCAUUGAAUUUCAACAUGUUUUAACUAACAAUAGCGUUUGAAGGAUUUGCAGUUUGGUGGAUUUCCAGGUCCAGGAGAUUCCCGCGGUGCGUCUCGGGGCUCAGCUGGACCUCCGUUUGUCUCUUGACUGUCUUUUUUGCUAGCGUAUGUGUCAGCAUGCUGUAUAUAAUGACUCACCUGCCUACAGUAUAUCAGUAGCAUUUACACAAUAAUACUAGCUGUAUUAUUUUGGUCAGAGAUGAAGACCCUGAUGUCUACACCAACCUUCUAUUUCUCCUCCUCCUCCAUGUCACACAUUCAUCCUUCCAUCACCGGCACUGUGCAGUGAAACUCCUUCCUCCUGUAGCUGCUUCUCCUCUUUAUGCUGUGUAUAUAAACCAGCCCCGGCACACAGGUGUAACCUCUUUGUACCCUUAAUGGAUAAACCGUAGUGUACUUAGUGCUCAAAAAGUGUUGGAAUUGUGUCUCUAAUGUCUGUGGACACUUAACACUUGGUUGGACGUGAAAUAAAUGUGCAACAUGCCGUCA